CUUAUAUAGAACUGUCACAUUAUUACUAUUACUACUUGUACUUAAAUAUGAGUUACCAAAAUAAUAAAAUCUCAAACUACUUUUAUUUUGAUGUGUGUAGAUUUAGGAGGAUGUUUUUUGUUUGUCUCCCAUUGACCACAUUGUUGGAGGGUAAAUGUAUAACAGAGACAUGAAUAAUGGCUAUAAAUAAUUAAAUAUCACAGGGUAGCGAAUUCAGAAACUAAGAUCAAGAUUCACCAUUCACCGUUACCUACUCUCUUUCCUCUCCAAUAAAUAAAUUUCCAACCAUCAUGCAUAGCCCUACCAAAAACCACAAAACACAACACAAAUUCAAAUCUCUUGGCUACCAAAAACGGUUACCAGCCAUGAGAAAUAAUGGCUACUACCUCGUUUUCGUCCUCGUUGCCCUCCUCUCUACUUGUCUCUCCGGCAUGGCUGCUUCUCUUGGCGGCCACUGGACGGCCUUGAAGGACGUUGAUAACUAUCCACAUGUAACUGAGCUUGCAGAAUUUGCGGUGACAGAGUACAACAAGCAAUCUGGGAAGAACCUCAAGCUGGUUAAACUUGUGAAGGGCGAUAUGCAGGUUGUUGCCGGAUUCAACUACCGCUUCGUGUUGGAGGCCAAAGAUGAAUCUAGAUCCAGUAAUUAUGAGGCUGUUGUGUGGGAGAAGACAUGGGAUCAUUUCAAGAGUCUCACUUCCUUCACUCCUCUUUCUUAGCAUCAAAUGGUAUUUGUAUAUAUUGUAUUGCACUUUUAUUGUCUUUUAGACUAAUUAAGGGGAAAAUUACUAUAUAUUAAUUUUUAAAUUUGGAUGAAUCUUCUUUCAAUUAUUAUUAUCCUCCAUCGCUAUAAAACUAUAUAUUACAGGGCAAAGGUAGUCAUUUUGACAAGAGAAAUGCGAAAGACAAGAAGAAAGUAUACAGGUAUGUAGAACGCACAUAAUGGAACUUCAUAGGUAAAGUAGAGAGGUUUUGAGAUAAUUUUACAACUAGAUACAUGACAACACUAUCUGGUACUCAUCCCGUCCUUACCCGCUCAGAGCGUGCUUUUAACGGGUUGGGUUUAGGUAAUACCCACGUC